UUUCGUAGUUAAAUUUUUGUUUAUAAAUACUUCAUUAUGCUCUCCAGAAGAGUAAUUUCAACAAUAGUACAGAAGAAAUUGUUUUCCAAUACUUCCAAAUAUUAUAUAAACGCCAAUCCAAAUAUAAAACCAUUAGAAAAUGUAAAGGCAGAGUUAAAUAUAACAGAUAAAUGUAUUGAGAGACUGAAAAAAAUUGUAAACGGUUCAGACAGUUUCUUAAGGGUCUCAGUUGAAGGUGGUGGUUGUUCUGGUUUCCAAUAUAAAUUCGAUUUGGAUAAUAAGUUAACAGACGACGAUAAGGUGUUUGAGAGAAAUGGGGCGAAAGUGGUUAUUGACGAAACGUCUCUUGAAUAUGUUAAAGGAGCAACUGUAGAUUAUCAAGAAGAGUUGAUAAGAGCGUCUUUUAAGAUAGUCAACAAUCCAUUGGCAGAGCAAGGAUGCUCCUGUGGUGCAUCUUUUGCUGUCCGUUUAGAUUAAUAUUGUAGAAUUUUCUCUUUCGUUGUAAAUAUAUGUAAAUAAAAUAUCUAUUAAACACUA